AUGCUACAGCUGCUAUGGCAUGACGUGGGGCAUGAGUUGGGGCAUGAGUUGGGGGAUGAUUUAGGGCAUGAUUUGGGGGAUGAUUUGGGGGAAGGUGUGUUUCUCCCAUCGACCCUCGACUCCCCCCCACCGAUUGCCAUCCGCCAGGGGCCUGUAAGGCGGCUGUUUGGGGGUGGUGAGAGCACGGCAGGGGAUGCAGGGGGCGUGGGAGGUAUAGGGGGAAUGGGAGCAGGAGGAGUGGGAGCAGGAGGAAUGGGAGCAGGAGGAAUGGGAGCAGGAGGAGUGGGAGCAGGGGGCAUGGUUGGGCUGUUUGGGGAUGGAGAGGGCAUGGCAGGGGAUGCAGGGGGUGUGGGUGACUCAAGAAUGGUAAAUGGCAUGGAGAUUGGUUCUAACGAUGGUGUGGUGUACUAUAGGAGCGAGUGGGGAGGGGAGGAGGGAGGAGAUGAGGAAGGGGGGGAGGAGCAAACGGAGCAAACGCAACCGGCUGUGUAUUACGAGGGGUUGACGUCUCACGUGGUCUAUGGUGCUGCAGCAGCAGCUAAUGCUGAGGCAUUUCAAAAGCCAACUGGUGGGAUGGUGCGAGCAGUCCCGUUUCGCCCCAAGGCUGUCAUACCCCCUCGCUUCAUCUCCCCUACUGCUCCCACCUUUGUCCCUUCCUCUGCCUCCUCUCUGCCCUCCAACCAUCCCUCACUUCCUUCGUCCCAUUCCUCCCACUACUCUCUCUUCUCCUCACACUCCACUCUCUCCUCCUCACACACCACUGUGCCAUCCACUCCUCUCCGUUCCACCUCCCCUGCAUUUACACCCUCCAAGCUCUCUCUCCAUUCCGCUCCUUUCACUCCUUCCUCUGCCUUCAUCUCUCCACCGCCUCCCCACACACGCUCAUCUGCUCCGUUCCCCGCUGCUCCUUCUGCUACUGCUGUCACUUUUGCCAGUGCUGCUGCUGCUGCUGCUGCUGCUGCUGCUGCUGCUGCUGCUGCUGCUGCUGCCAAUGCUUCUCCCGCAGCAAACCGUGCAGUGUUUGCUUCAAGCAGUGCUCCCAACACACCUGCUGCAAAGGCAGGAGCACCGGCAGCACCAGCACCAGCAGCUGCAGCAACAGCAGCAGCGGCAACAGCAGCAGUCGCACCGGCACUUGCAGCACCAGCAGGAGCAGCAAUGGUCUCCGCCAUCUCCAAGCAGGACGGGACGAGUCCAGCUGGCACAUCGUUGAGAGCAGGGGCAGAGGAAUGGCAGGGACCACAGAGUGCAGCAGCAGAGGUUUCUGGUGGGAUGGAGGAGUGGGUGGGGCAGCAGAGUGCAGGGCUGAGAGUAUCAGGUGUGGCAGCAGGAGCAGGAAUGAGCAGCAGCAGUGGGUACGGACGUGGGGGGUAUGAAAGCGGAAUGGACAUUAUGCCAGCGGGCAUGGCAGCAGGUACGGCGGCAGGCCCGGCAGCAGGCAUGGCAGCAGGUACGGCAGCAGGUAUGUGGUCCGGUGUGAGUGAUGGUAUGGUAGGUGGUACUGCAGUUGUAGCGGGGGUAGCGGGAGGGGUGUGGGCAGGUAUGGGGGAAACGGGUGUGCAUGGUGUGACUGUUGGGAUGGCGCCAGGUGGGAUGAUGAUGGGUGGAUAUGGUAUGCAUGUGCAUGGUGUUGGGGAGGAGGAUGGAGGUUUUGAUGGGAGUGGUGGUGGGGGGGUUGGAGUUGCUCCUUUGCAUUGUCCUGUAUGUCAUGGUUAUCUUGCCACCGUGGUCUGCCUGGCGGAGGCCCUCCCGGAGGCCAGCAGCCAGGGGGGGGGCGCGGAGGACCUGGCGGGUCUGGCGGGCCCAGCGGGCCUGGCGGGCCUGGCGGACAGGCUGGUCCGCACGGGACGCGUUACCAUCGUUCCUCCUUUCACUCACAUCCCUCCCCCCACUUUUCACCCUUCCGCCACGCUUCCCCCCCGCUUCCCCACUUCCCCCUCCGCCAGGAACGCGAGCGGCAAUUACAACCUGGCGGUAGACGCGCUCCUGGUGGGAGCCACGGGCGGGCCGCCCGACUCCCUUGCGAUCGUGAAGGGCGCCGUCUGCGACUCCUCCGCCUCCGCCGCCGCGAUCCUCGCGCUUCCGCUGGCGGCGUCCGACUGGCAGCAACGCGACGGCUGGUGGCUGCUGCACGCGGAGGCGCGGCUCGACGCGUUCCUCGAGAACGCGGACGCCGCCACCGUCGACGCGCUCCUCGCGCUCCUCCCCAACGCGACGCUGCCAGCGACGCGAGGCGGCGGCCGCGGCAAAGGCAGCGGAGGCGGAAGCGGCGCGGGGGGAGCGCGCAGCGGACAGGGCAGCAGGCGCAUGGGGAGGGAGCUGCUGAUGCGCGCAGCGGGCCGCGUCACUGGUGCGAAGCAGGGGGCGCCGCAGCCGCCUGCAGCUAGUCCCUCAGGCGCUGGGAGUGCGGGGGGGAUGAUGGGGGGUGGCGGGAUGAACGCUACUGUGAGUGGGUAUGCCGUGCUGGCCACUGCCACUGCGGGGGGUGUGGCGUGGGGCGGCCAGCUCAUGGGCGUCAAACUGCCCUCCGCCGCUGCCUGA